AUGCCGCCUAUAAAGCUCAAGCUCUCUCUUGGGGCAGUUAGGCCUCUGGCCGGAGCGUCCGCGGCCACCGCGAGCGGAUCAAAUGGAAGCGGACCCUCGACGCCAGGAGAUGCUGGUCCCUCACGCCCACCUUCUGGAGGACCCUCAGUCCGCACCAUCCUUCCCUUCACCCCGACACCGGUGUCGGCAUCUAGUGAGGCGAGCACGCCCGAGGGCGCGCCCCCGAAGCGUAAGCGUGGCAGGCCACGGAAGAGCGCGCCCCCCGUUCCCACGGCAAUCCCACCACACGUCGUGCCUGCCUUGACCAGAGCACGUUCGCCGUCCGUUAAGCUCGAGCCGGACGACGACCCACUUGCAUGGCCCCUCUCACCCGGCGGAGAGCAUGGCACACCCACGUCAUAUGCUACCCCUGGGGCGUACGAUACUCCAGCCGACACCAGUACACCAGCCACGCCAUGGAGGGAAGGGAGUGAGGAUAUGGCGACUUACGCGUCUCGGCGUCAGUGGAAGCGCGUCAAGAAGCCUUUCCGCGAACUGGCGAACAAGAUCCUCGCCGAGAUGCGACGAAAGGACGAGUAUGGGUUCUUCCUCCAGCCAGUCGACGCCGACGAGUACCCCGGGUACAUCGACACGAUUGGGGGUCCAGACAACGCGAUGGACUUGGGCACGAUGCAGAAGAAGAUUGACGACGGGGAAUACAACAGCAUUGGCGAGCUGGAGGCUGACGCACGUCGCAUGCAUGCCGCUGCGCACGCGUUCAAUGUUCCCGGAACCGCGGCGUACCGCGAAGCAGACAAGGUGUUCAAACAUGGCAUGAAGCAUAUCGAGCGCUCGCGCCCACUCGUCCUCACCCCUACGCCAUCAUUGUCCCCUUCUGUUCCCCCAUCCAACCUCCCUGGCUCGGAGCGCGCGACCCCGAUGCGCAGGGGAAAGGAGGUCAAGCCUGAGCACCUGAUCCCCGAGGUGAUGCUCGAGUUCCCCGCCAACUCGUUGCAAGCCAAGGCGGUCGGCUGGAACCUGACUGGUGGCCGACGCGUGCGUGCCAAGCGCCUUGUCCGCGGCCGCGAGAAGUUCUCAGGCAGGUGGCGCGACAUGCUCCCCGACGGGAGCUACGACGUGGCGGAGAUGGACGACCCCGCGGACAUGCUCGAGCACCUACGCACACGCAAAGCAUCAUCGUGGCGCGAGGUGCCGGACUGGGUGGGCAUGGGGGAGGACGAGGAGGAGUGGUGGGAUUGGGAGGGGCUGGGAGGUCCGGCUGGGCAGCCACCACUGCCGGGCGCGCCGCGGGCCAAACCCAAGCCGCUCAAGAUGAAGACCCUCGAUCUCCGAUGGGGUCGUUUCGACGAGGUCAGCGCGGACAUUCGCGCGGCGCGCAUCGCCGCGGUUCCCGAGGGCAGCGUGAUACGGAGGUUCACCGAGCAGGACGACGUAGACCUCCUUGCCACCUACCUGCGACCUGACGCGCCACGCCUACGUCCAGGCAUCCCAGCCCAGAACUUUGUGGACGUCAACGCGGGUCAAGCUGCGUCCUCGUAUUUGGCCGACAUGGCGCUUGGUGACGUCCGUGGUGAAGCGUACGCUGCGAGUGUCCGUCGCUUCCUGGCGGGCAUCAACACCGAUCCCGAGACGCACUCAAAUCUCACAAACUACGUCAAUGAAGAAUGGCAUGGUGGCGUGCUCCAAUCUCACCUCUCGCGUGUGUCGCGCGAGACGGCAAACGCGCUGUCCGCCGGUUCCGCACCGCUUAUGGAGAAGGCUCGGGCUGCACAUGCCCGCCUAGCACUGCGCCGCUUGACAAGCGCCGAGAACCCACUCGACCUCCAGCCGCUCCUGCGCGAGCCUGCCGACUUUAUGCAUAUCGGCGUGGGAGGAAAGGGCGGGGUCGAGACGGCCCUCAAGUGGGUCGGGGACGAGAUUGCACGCGUGAUACGAGAGCGCGAGGCGGAGUCGACCAGCGCCGCGAAUGGAGGCGUGGAGAUGGCGGAGGUCAAGACCGAGCUGGGUACGAAGCGGGCGGCCGACGGCGAGAUCCCCGACGCCAAGCGCGUCAAGCUCGAGAACGGGGUGGCGAACGGUGAUGCCGCGGCUUCUGCGCCAAUAGCUAAUGGCGACGCCAAGCCGGACAUCAAGCCCGACAGCGAGGACGGGUUGCGCGCGCUGCGUCUGGAGCUCGUCGCAUUGUCCAAGUUCUAUCCCCUCGCCUCGCUCAAGAAGAUGGAGGCUGCGGACGCCGUGCGCCUCCUCCCAGCCAACGUGCGUAGUCUCAUGACGCGCCAGGCGCCCGCCAAGUAG